CAGCCUUCACCAGCAGUAUUUAACUGGUUCGAAGGCAACACACUUGUGUCUCCUGUUGACAUGACAGAUUCUCCUGGGAGUUCACACAAUGUUCAAAAGGCACAGGUCCCUUGCUUCAGAACGCAAGAGAGAAUUAAUUUCCCCAGGAGCUACACGGUCCAUGCUGAAGAAUGACAUGAGAAAUUUUCAUUCUUUGUCGCAAUUUAUACUCUCAGCAGGCCCUCUAAAAUCAAUUCCAGCAGUUAAACAUGCAAAAACUAUUCACUUUGAAAUUGAAAUACUUGAUGCUCAAACCAGAAAGCAGAUAUGUAUUGUGGAUAAGGUGACACAAAAGUCUACUAUUCAGGAUGUUAAACAAAAAUUUCACAAAGCAUGUCCAAAGUGGUAUCCAUCUCGAGUAGGCCUGCAGCUAGAACGUGGUGGGCCCUUUUUGAAGGACUACAGAACCAUUCAAAGUAUUGCAGUUUCCUCCAUUAUCACACUCUAUUUUACAGACCUAGGUCAACAAGUCAGUUGGACCACAGUAUUUUUGGCUGAAUACACAGGACCUCUGCUAAUAUAUCUCCUCUUUUAUUUGAGGAUCCCAUACAUAUACGACAUCAAAGAGAGCUCUAGAAGAUUACGCCACCCAGUGGUGCACUUGGCCUGCUUCUGCCAUUGUAUACAUUAUCUCCGAUAUCUUUUGGAAACAUUAUUUGUUCACAAGGUUUCUGCAGGUCAUACACCCUUGAAAAAUUUGAUAAAGAGUUGUGCCUUUUAUUGGGGAUUCACUUCUUGGAUUGCCUACUACAUUAAUCACCCACGGUAUACACCACCAUCAUUUGGAAACAAGCAAAUUACGGUAUCUGCUAUCAAUUUUCUGAUUUGUGAAGCUGGAAAUCAUUUCAUCAAUGUAAUGUUGGCUCAUCCCAAUCACACAGGAAGUAAUGCCUGUUUUCCAAGUCCAAAUUAUAACCCCUUUACAUGGAUGUUUUUCCUGGUUUCAUGUCCUAACUACACCUAUGAGAUUGGAUCAUGGAUUAGUUUCACAGUCAUGACACAAACAUUGCCAGUUGGGAUUUUUACGCUUCUGAUCAGUAUCCAGAUGUCUUUGUGGGCACAAAAGAAACACAAGAAUUAUCUAAAGAAAUUCAACUCUUAUAUACAUAAGAAAUCAGCAAUGAUUCCAUUUAUACUGUGAGAAAAAAAUGUCAUAUUAAAAAAAGAAGUAUAAACUCAUUAAAUCAAACUUGAUCAAGGAUGUAUGUCUACUAUGUUCCAGAAAUUCACACACAACAGUAUUUUUGCUUUGUAUAAAUAUAAAAUGGAAGAAUCUAGCUGAAUUUAGAGAAUAUACUUGAGACAAAUGAAAAGUAGAAAUUAUAGAUAUGACAAAUGAAAAAUGGCACCCAAUGUUUGCAAAGGAUUUAUUCUUUGAGAUUUUCUUUAUUAAAUAUUUAAUAAUACUAUUUACUUGAGACAGUUCAAAAAUCUGAAUUCUAAAGUAAAUAUUUUAAGUUGUAACAUUUAAAUCACUUGAAUUUUACAUAUUAUUUGAUAGUAAUUAUUUCUUUAUUGUUUAAUAUGUCAUGAGAAUUUCAAAUUUUUUUUUUUUUUUGUCUCUUCUGGGGCCGCAUCCACGGCAUAUGGAGGCUCCCAGGCUAGGGGUCUAAUCGGAGCUGUAGCUACCAGCCUACACCAGAGCCACAGCAAUGACAGAUCUGAGCCACGUCUGUGACCUACACCACAGCUCAAGGCAAUGCUGGAUCCUUAACUCACUGAGCAAGGCCAGGGAUCGAACCCACAACCUCAUGGUUCCUAGUCAAUUCGUUAACCAUUGAGUCAUGAUGUGAACUCCUGAAUUUCAAAUGUUUUAUGCUAGUAGUUCAAUUCCUUGUGAAAAUUCUACCUAUAAUAAAAGGAAACAUUUUUAAA